CUUCUGCACAAAGAGACCAAGAUGAAUGCAGAGCCGGAGAAGAAGUUCGGCGUGGUGGUCGUCGGCGUUGGCAGAGCCGGCUCCGUGCGGAUCCGGGACUUGCGGAAUCCACACGCUUCCUCCGCGUUCCUGAACCUGAUUGGCUUCGUGUCCAGACGAGAGCUGGGGAGCAUCGAGGGAGUGCAGCAGAUUUCUCUGGAAGAUGCUCUUUCCAGCCAAGAGGUUGAGGUGGCUUAUAUCUGCAGUGAGAGCUCCAGCCACGAGGACUACAUCAGGCAGUUCCUUAAUGCUGGCAAGCAUGUCCUUGUGGAAUAUCCUAUGACACUGUCUUGGGCAGCAGCUAAGGACCUGUGGGAGCUGGCUGAGCAGAAAGGGAAAGUCCUGCAUGAGGAGCACGUUGAACUCUUGAUGGAGGAGUUUGCAUUCCUGAAAAAAGAAGUGGUGGGGAAGGACCUGCUGAAAGGGUCUCUCCUCUUCACAGCUGGCCCGUUGGAAGAAGAGCGGUUUGGCUUCCCCGCGUUCAGCGGCAUCUCUCGCCUGACCUGGCUGGUGUCCCUCUUCGGGGAGCUUUCCCUCGUGUCGGCCACCUUGGAAGAACGAAAGGAAGAUCAGUACAUGAAGAUGACGGUGUGCUUGGAGACGGAGAACAAGAGUUUCAGACACGUGAAGUUGAAAGAAUUUUGCUGUGAGCAACGAGCCAGCCCCUGCCGUGAACACUGCACCCUGCUUAUCACGUGCCGGACUGCUUCUCGGCUUUAGCAUCACAGCAUACGGUCACACUAUUCCCAAAAUGUUCUGAAUCUUUACUUUUCAUACCAAGUCUUUUUUUCUUUAAACGCUCAAGAGACUUUAACGUGGCCCAAAGACCCAGAGAUGUUCGGGUUGAAUAUAAGAUCGUACUGGGGUGGUGUCUGUUGCUUCCUCCAUUGUUAGAGCCUCAAUUUGAUCCUGGUGAAUUACACACCCCGAUAAUUCUUCUCGUUGGGUAGUGGUGACAUCCUCUAGUGCCCAGCAUCUUCCACAAAUGGCCGUCAGUCCACAAAUGAUGAGAUAUGCAACACCAGAAAUAAGUAUUAAAUGUUUGCAGAAUCUACUUGAACAUCCUUCCCGUAUUAUUUUUCAAAAUCAAGUCCUCUGCUGAUAAUUUAGGAAGCGGAGAUAAUGGUGAGCCCCGUCUGGUAUUAAACGGAGCUCUUUCCCCUGCAAACACCCUUCAAGAUAAAAUGCCUCAUACCAAGUCUUUAUAAACAGAAGCAGAACCAUAAUUUUCCCGGGCUGUGCAAAAGAUUGAAAGCAGCAAGGGUUUCAGAGUGUUUCUGUAUGUGUUGCCAUGUAGGUGGGUCUCUCGGUAAUAAAACAGAUCAUUUGGUUUUUACAAAAAGAGAAGAGGAUCUGGGUCCAUGGGGUGGUGUCUCUCCUUUGUGAGGGAAAGGCAGGGGUCGCAGAUGAAGAGAAAGCCAGCAGACACCAGAAGUGCUGCCCGGGGAGUGACAGCGGUGGUGGCCCCGGCUCUGAUGACGUCGGCCGUGUGAGUGUUAGAAUCGCAGCCACGGGCAGAGCUGUCCAUGUGCAGGUGCGGCGCCAGUAAAGUGCCCAACAGCCAGAGUCCUCACUUAAAUAUGUAAAUAGGAAACAGCGUGACUUUUCAAGUUUUUAGCAGACAGGGCCACAAAAUGAGGAAGUUAUCCUGUCCACAUCUCUCCUGGUGUCUUCCAGCACGUGGGUAUGGGUGUGGCUCCCUCUUUGUGCACCUCAGAUCUUCUCUGAAACGUUCACCCCCCGCUCUGGUGCAGGUCCAGGUUAGCCAGAUAAGCUGACGGGAGGCCUCCUUUAGGGUUGGAGGCAGCCCUGAGCUUCCUAGAGCACCCGAAACAAUCCUAAGUGACCUGCUUGGGCCCCUUGUCGGCAACCCCACACCUGUAUCUUUAGCCUGAUUAUGUCCAUCACCGCAUCACUAUGUGAUACCAUUAUGACAUCACAGGCAGGGCACAGUUUCUUCGCCAGGCUGGUUAAGCUGCCCUCCCAGGCCCGUGGGCACAGGAGGAGGGAUCCGAGGAAGUGGCGGCGGGAGACAAGAGGCUGGGGACCCUGGCACAUCCUCAGGAUGGAACGCUUCCCCCUGCUCACACUGAAAACUCCCAUCACUUAGCCCAGCAGUCCAGCAGAGUUGCUGCCUCAUCCUUGACCCUGACUCCCUGCAGGAACAAAAGGGGAAAGCAAAGAGAAGUCGCCAGAGGCCCACAGCAAGUCCUCUCAUUCCUUCGUUCUCAGAAGAGGGAAGGGAAACUAUAUAUUUGUGUGAAGAGGUUGAAUGCAGGAAGUUAAAAUUGGAAAGACCUUAAAUAUUGGGCAAUAACAAAACAUUCAGUGAAUUCUGUAACCGGUCAUAUGUGAUUUGCAGACAAUAAUCAUAAGAGCAGUAUCUGUAGGAUCAUAAAAAUAUUUUAAAAUAAGUAAACAUGAUCAAACAGUGUUUAUACUUUAUGAUUUAUAUGCCAUGUACAUAUAGGUAAAUAUUUGGAAGGACUGUCUCAAACUGAAGAUAACUUCUAUUAAGGUGAAAGAAUGAUGGAUUUUUUUUUUCGUUGAAAACGUCCUUAAAUCAACGCUGUGUUGUUUUUAGAAUUUUUUUUGAAAAGCAUAUUUUAUAUUUUUCCUGUCAUAUUAUUCAGUGAAGCUUCUUUUGGUCAGAGUCUACUUAGGUUUGUCUGGUUUUCAUUAAGCAGAUAACACAGCUUUUAUCUACUGUAAAGACAGAAAAGAUAAACCCAGAGGAAGGCGAGGCUUUGAAGAGGGGGAGUCUGUCCUGUUUGGAUUGUAGAUUUUUCUGAGGGCUGCCGUUUAGCCAGAGGGUCAGAUCUGAAACGAAAACGGGUGCUUUGUGUAUGGGCGGGAGGAGCCUGGCCUUUCUUGGCAUGUGCGUGGGGUCAGAGGCUUCUUGGAGAAUGUGAUGAAAGAACUCUUAAGAAUCCUUUCCCAUAAAGAAUGUACAUGCACUUGGAAACAACAGUUUGCACAAGAUCUCAGGUUUGGAUCCCCUGGAGGGAUCUUCAAGACUCAGGGUAAAAACUCCCAAAUAACGAAAAUGGUGCUCACACCAAAAUCAUUCAGCGCACUCCCCUGCCUGGUGGUAAAAUCCAAUCAAGGGGGCCUUGGGCAGUAAAGCUGGAGACCAUCGCCUCUGGGAGGCCGGUGGAAGUCAGGAUGCCCCCCCCCCCCCGAGCCACCGCGUGGAGCAGCAGCUGCAGGGAAGAUGCGCACAAAACCAGGACCCGCGCCCGGGCGCGCAGGUACCAGAAGCGUCACCUGCGCGGCGUGUAAUUAACGCUCUUGCCCUUUCU